UUGUUGAGCAGCUUCCCAUAUUUAUAGGCAAGUAUUUGCGUUUUUACAUAAAGCAAGGGGGUUGAAGCAAAGCAGAAAAAGACGAGCGAUAAUAAGCUGUAAGGACUCCUACAGCAGAGUUGGUUAAAAAGAGAGUGAGAGCUAGCUAGCUAGCAAGCAAGGCCUCAUAUAUAGUAAAUGGGAAGGAAGCCUUGCUGUGCUAAAGUAGGACUCAACCGAGGGGCAUGGUCUGCGAGAGAAGAUAAAAUCCUGACCAACUACAUUAAGAUCCAUGGUGAAGGGAAAUGGAGAGACCUUCCUCAAAGAGCUGGGUUGAAGCGAUGUGGGAAGAGUUGCCGACUCCGAUGGCUGAAUUAUCUCAGGCCAGAUAUUAAGAGAGGAAACAUCUCUUCCGAAGAAGAAGAGCUCAUCGUCAGGCUACAUAAGCUCCUUGGUAACAGGUGGUCUCUCAUCGCCGGAAGAUUGCCGGGACGAACAGACAAUGAAAUAAAAAACUACUGGAACACCAAUUUGAGUAAGAGAGUGCAAGGCAACAAGAAUGUUACUCCCAAGGGUACCCAAACUUCUAACAUGCAGCUUAACAAGCUCAGAAAACUGGGAUGCAUCAAAUCCUCCCAAAUGGAGAUCACGACAGCUGAACACAAGGUGAUUCGAACUAAAGCAGUAAAGUGCACUAAGGCUGUGAAUGUCAACGUCCCACAUUUAUCAGAUUGUCAGACAGCUGAAAACAAUUCAGUCCCCAAAUCUGAAAGUACCACUGCCAGUGAGAGCCCUUCUUCUUCAGCCAUCAACGAGGAUAAUUCGAUGGAUUUUUUGAUUGACUUUGACAUCAAUGAACUUCUUGUAUCGGAUGCUCCAAUGUCGGACUUGCAUCAAACUCAACAGGUUGACGAAAAUGGUGAGAAUGUGGUGGACAAUUGGGAAUGCCGCAAUGGCUUCAACUUAAACAUUGAUGAUGUUGAGCUUUACAGUUCGGUGGAUGAAUUAGCAAGGCCUGAUAACUGGCGGCCUAGUACGGACCUUUUCCAAACAAGUGAAACCUUGGAUCUCCUAAGUCUAGCAUCUUAUCUCAAUUUAGAAAAUUAAUUUAUGUUAAACAAGUUAAUAAUAUUUCAUUUCAGUUGUUUUAAGAAUUAACUGUUGCUAAUAUUGGCCCUACGUGCUCUUCAAAAAAAAAAAAAAAUAUUGGCCCUACGUUUUCAUUUAGGGCAAGCUGCAAUCUAAAUUUUAGAUUAGAAUCAGUGUAUUUAUAUAUAUAGCCUCGAGCUAUGUAAUGUGGCGCCACUGUACUACUGUCCACACCUGCUGGUUACUGCCAUACGACUGAGGUUUGUAGUGGGCUUUCACUCAGUAAAUUAAUAUCUUGAUUGAGCAAAAA